CUUGACUAAUUACAGCUUAAGACUGUAGGCCGCUCCGUUUGUGUAACAACAUCAAGACGUGAUCAAGACGCACACCACAGGUUGGAGGAGAAGCUCGGCCAGACACUUAGCAUAAGUGUAAGCGUCAGUUUAGUUGGGCUCGCUUGAAAUAUGUACAUGAAGUUCUAUGGAGUUGCACACACUACACCAACUUAAUCGCUCCGACUACUUAGUUGUGGUGGAAUGAAAAGACUAGCGAGAACCCCAUCCAAAAAUCAUCUAACAUAUUAAUGCUCCAGUGAUUGUGUGAUCUGUCGUCAUUCGUUCAUCGCAUCUACGUACAUAAAUACAUAUGUGUAUACAUUUAUACCAAAUCCACUUGGCUAAAACUUCGCUAUCCUGGCUACAAGGAUAAAUUGAUACGAGACAUAAAACUAGAUUAAGAAGUUUUUGUUUGUCUGUAUAGGAGUUAGCCAAGAACCACAGUAUUAGCCAAACUUUUUUGUCAAUCACCGUGGUAAACUACAUUAAACGGCUUCUAAAGCAAACAAAUUUAAAUGAAUGGCGAAUAAUUUUAAAAUGGCAAUGACCCCAGUCCAGAAUGAUAUUUGGAAACUUUGGUGUCGCCUCUGUGCCAAGGAGGAUGCAAGAAAUAUCAACUUUUUCCAAGAAACUAAUGGGGCAGCGGCAGAUACAAUCUCCAAUUAUAGCAAUAUUGUUGAUUUUAUUGGGAGGUUUUUUCGGAUUCAAAUUGAAGAGGACCACGACCCACCCCAUUGGCUUUGUAAGGAAUGUUUUUCCUUAGUUUCAAACUUGAUUUACUUCGCGGAUCGUGUACAAAGGGUGCAAAAUAUGUUCAAAGACAUAAGAAAUAUAAGCUACAAUCAAAUACUAAACUUUCGAGAAAUCCGCGAAAAAUAUAACUUACUGGGCAAUGAGCUAUCUAUGUUAAAGUCUUUGGAUGCAAGACCCACAGUUGAAAACAUAUUUGUUACCCCUGAAAUAAGGGUCCAAAAAACCUGGGAUAAUGUUACGAACAAUGAAGUAAUAUCGGAUGAAGUGAAAAGUGGCGUACUUUUGGAUGAAGGCGAAGGUAAAAGCGAAUUCGAGGAUCCUAUUGCUGAAUUGAGUGAAAGUUUUUGCAUUGAUAUAGAAGAUCAUGAUUCUAGUAAUAACACCAGUGGAAAUAAAGAGGUAGACAAAGUCGAAACAAAGAUUAACCAACAGUUCUCAAUAAAAUGUGGUUUUAAAAGGCAUGAUAAAAACCUGAAAACGAGGUUGUGCAAAUCUGAGGGGAAAUCGAUGCAGCACAAAUACUUCUGUAGCGACUGCUCAAUGCACUUUCAUCGAAUUGGAAAUUACAAAAUACAUAUGAGGAAAAAACAUGAAAUGGUCGACGAAUUGGUUCCAUUCACAUGCCCUCAAUGUCCUAGGACUUUCAAAACAAGUUCGAAGCUUGCUCGCCACAUUAAAACUCAUCGACCUAUUUCCGAAAAGCGUAUCUUUCCGUGUCCACAAUGUGAUCGAAAGUUCGUAACAAAGGAUUAUGUAUUCCGACAUAUACAAUUUGUACAUGAGGAUAUACGCCCAUUUAUUUGUGAGGAAUGUGGAGAAGGUACACGCACAGAAGCAACUCUACGAGACCAUAUGCUUAUACACACGGACGUUGCACCUUUUGAAUGUGAAAUAUGUAAAAAGGCGUUUAAAAAUCAGUCCCGUCUGAAGAAUCACAUGGAUAUACAUAGUUCCAAUAAACACGUCUGCACCGAAUGCGGCUUACAACUGAACUCACGGGAAACUUUAAAUCGUCAUAUGCUCGUACAUUCCGAUGUUAGGGGUCAUAAGUGCGAUUAUUGCGGUCGCGCGUUCAAACGAGCAAAAACGCUGAAAACUCAUUUAAUACUCCAUAGUGGCCUUAAGCCAUAUUCUUGUGACUUUUGUGAUAAAACAUUUGCCACUGGGCCAAAUUGCCGCACUCACAAGAGGAAAUCACAUCCGGAGGAAUUUGCGGCAACAGAGACUUCUGGAGAGAAAACUUACACGAAA